AUGGAGCAUGAGAACCGAGUAGUUGCGGCACUGGAACAUGGUCAACCUCCUCUGCUCUCGAAGACGACAACAUCGAACCCUUUCUUCCACACAUCGUCCGCCACAGAGGAAGGUAGCUUGACAAUACUGCACCUCAGGCGAGAUAAUCUGGUGCCGGUCACUCUCAGGCGCACGGCAGACGAUGGAUAUGCCGAAGGUGCUGUCACUAACACCAGAUUCGGAAGCUUUCCUCACAGCACAUUGAUUGGUCUGGAAUGGGGCAGUCAAGUGAGGGCGAGCAGGGUUGACACUGGCUCACGCGGCAGGAAAGGGAAAGCAGCGAAACAGCAGGAUGCAAGCAUUCAGAUAGACAACAGACUACCUACGCCUGACCCGCAGCAUGAUAUCUCCAAUGGAUGCCAUACUGCCGCGGAAGAGAUAGGGCAGCCCACAAGAAGCACAGCUGUAGACGCUGGCUCAGGCUUCAUACACCUUCUGCCACCUACUCCGGAAGCAUGGACCGCAUCGUUAGAUCACCGCACGCAGGUUGUCUAUACAGCCGACUACAGCUACGUCCUCCAGCGAUUGCGGGUGCGACCCGGUAGCAGGAUGAUCGAAGCCGGUGCCGGUAGUGGCAGCUUCACUCACGCUGCCGCAAGGGCCGUAUUCUCCGGCUUUCCAGAGGACUCACAUGUAGGAGAGCUAAAACAGGUCGGCAAGGUCUACAGCUACGAGUUCAAUGUGUCCCGAGUUGGUACGCUACGUGAAGAAAUCAGCGCGCAUGGCAUGGAUGAGAUCGUUCAACUCACAUUUCGAGACGUCUGCGAACGUGGCUUCCUGUUCCCAAUAGGCUUCGAUACCACACCACAUGCCGAAGCCAUCUUUCUCGAUCUUCCGAAGCCUUGGGAGGCUUUGAGACAUCUGACCCGAUCAUCAACGCCUAGCGAGUCCGCUUUAAACCCUGAUGUUCCCGUCCAUUUGUGUACCUUCUCACCCUGCAUUGAGCAGGUCAUGGCGACGACAGCGUAUUUGCGCAAAAACGGCUGGACUGAGAUCGAAAUGAUCGAAGUGCAGAACCACCGCAUUGACGUGCGCAGAGAGCAAGUCGGACUCAAAAAUGAAGGUUUGCGUGGCGUCAACGCUUCAGCCGCAACCGUGGAAGAAGCGGUGGCGAGGUUGAGAGAGAAAGGUGGUCCGUGGCGACACAUUCAAAGCAAAGCUGAGCGCUUGGAGAAGCUGAGGAAGGAGGCGGAAGAGCGGAAGCUGUACAAGGAAGGCAACCUCGUCCACCGGACCGAGCCGGAAGUGAAGACACAUACGAGCUAUCUGGUCUUCGCUGUGCUGCCCGUCGAUUUCACCGAUGGUGAUGAGGAAGCCUGCAUGCAGCAGUGGUCCGUUGACGACAUCAUGAAAGUCGAGAAACCCCCGACGAAUGGCGUCAAAUAA